AUGUUUGGUAAUAAUAAUAAUGAUAAUCAAGCAUAUAGAAUAUUUGUAAAAGAUGGUACAAUGAAAGACAAAGUUAUCUAUCUUUUAAUACUCGUCAUAUCAACAUCAUUAAUGAUAACAGGGGAUAAUAAAUAUAUACAUUUAAAUUCAUAUAAAUCGAUAAUCAUUGAUCAAAUCAAUAGAAAAACUAAAUGUAAAGCUAUAGUUGGUGAUGAUUUUUAUCAGUAUUAUUAUGAUUAUCUUAUAUCAAAAGAUGAACUUGAUGAUAUCGAUAGAUUAAAAACAUUAAACAUUGAUAAAUUAAAAUUGGUUUGGGAAGAUCAUGAAGAUAGCAAAGAGAAUAUCAAGAAAGUAUAUCGAUUGAUAUCUCAUUUAAAUAUAUCAAAGUUAAAGUGUGUUCAUUCAUGUUCAGGAUUGCCAAUGAAUAUUACAUCGAUGUCAUUCGAUUAUUCGUUUGACGAAAGGUUAGUAUCUGGAUGUCUUCCACCAAAUUUGAAAACACUAAAGUUUGGUCGAUAUUUUGAUCAACGAAUCAAAUCAGGAGUUCUUCCAAACACAUUGAUUAAAUUGAUUUUCAACGAGUCAUUCAAUCAAACAAUCGAACAAGGUGUAUUACCAUCAUCUUUGAAAGUUCUCAAAUUCAAAGAAUCCAAUUUCCAACAAGAUAUUAAAGUUGGAACAUUUCCACCGAAUCUCGAGGUACUGGAAUUCUCUGGAAAAUGUUCAGCUCUGGAAGAUGGAGCUUUACCUCAGACACUUAGAAUACUUGCAUAUGCACCAACAUCAUGGUUACCACAAAUCAAAACACUUCCAAAUCUCAAGAUAUUAACAAUCAGUUAUGCUUCAGAGGCUUUUCAUAUGGAUUUGAAUUGUCUACCAGUUUCACUCACAAGAUUGGAAAUAUUCUCAAAUAUCAAAUUGAUCAAUGUAAUGCCACCAACAAUUAGAUAUCUGAAUUUGGAGCACUGCGAUUAUGAUUUCAAUGGUGUAUUCAAAGAUAGAUCGAUUUAUCAAUUGGAUUUUCUCAGGUUAAAUCCAAAACAAGUAGUAUCUCUUGAUGGCAUGAAGAUCAAAGAAUUAGAACUAAAUAUGAGGACAUAUAUGUCUUUUGUGGGUAAAGAAGUGGAUAUUCCAUUUGGUGUUGAAACACUUUCAAUUCAAUAUGCAUCGAAAUUUCAAAAAGAGAUACCAAGUUCAGUGAAAAAGUUGGUUUUUUCCAAAGAGAUCCAUUGUAUUGAUGAUCUUCAGAAAAGAUAUGACAUGACAGGUUCAGCUUCAAUUCAAGAAUUGAUCAUUAUCUGUGAUGAAAUAUCAUUUUCUCAUAGAAUUUCAGUUUAUAUUCCACCAAUUAUCUUUCCACCAAAGACAUUAAUCGAACUCCCCGAUAUUCUAAACGAAAAGAUCUGGAUUCGAAUGAUUGACAAUCAACACUACCUUGUAUUCAGUCAAUCACCUAUCAUCACUUCCAUUGUCCAUGUAUCACAACUUUACCAAUACAUUAUAUACAUUAUUGAUAAAUAUCAAAAAUUGAAAUAUCAAUCAUAUAAAGGUUUUUGA